AUGCAACAGCCAAUCGUGAGCCCCCCACAGCAAGCCACUGAGCAACAGCUGGGCCCGCGGAACCCGAGCACCGGGAGGAUGUGCAGCUCGCCGUUAGAAGCUCGCCGGACCCCCGGGCCGGCACCCCCCGCCCGCCCGCCGCUGCGCUCCGCCGACGCAGCUCGCGCCGCCGCCACGGCCGGGGCGGCUCGGGGGCGGCGCCGGCGGGCGGGCGGGCGGGGGCUCCGGGGGCGGUUUCCUCGGCCCGGGCGGCCUCGCCUCGCGCAGCGUCCUCAGAGGAAGCGCGGCGGCCAGAGAGUCCGGGCGAUCCCCGGCUGCGACCGAGACGGCGGCCUCCUUUCCCGGCGGCGCUGGCCCGCUUCUCGGGCGGCUCCUCGUCCUUUGUCUGGGUUCGCAGUCCCGCGCGGGGUACAGCUGACCUCGCCCCCGCCCCAACUACCGCUACGGCCGCGGCAGGCGGAGAGCGGCGGCGGCAGCUCGUCUCCUCAUCGCCUCAUCCCCGCCCUCCCAAAAGGCAACGCCGCCCGGCCCGCUCGAGUCACCUCCGGAGGGUCCUGGGGACCGAGCGGGCGUGCGCGUCGGACGAGAGAGCCACACUCAGGCGCGGACCGUGCUGGCCACCGCUGCCGCCGCCCCUUCAGCGGCCGCCCACAGCGCCCCGGGGCUGCCGCCGAGCUCCGGGCCCCAGCAGUCGCCUCUCGGCCCGCCCCCUCGGCCCGGCGCUCAUUAUCCCGGGUCUCCGGAGAAGCCCCGCACGGAGCAUGCGCGCCGCGGAGCCGGCGGAGGCGCCGGCCGGUCGCGGAGUUGCAAAGGCGCGAGGGCCAGGCGGUGGAAGUCUGCCUGUGCUGUGGGCUUGCUGGGAGCCUGUUCCAGAUCGACUCCCCAACUUACUGUGUCUAA